AUGGGUGAUAGGAGAAAACUUCAAGGUGAAAUAGACCGUUGUCUGAAGAAAGUAGCGGAAGGUGUUGAAACUUUCGAAGAUAUUUGGCAAAAAGUACACUCGGCACCAAAUCAUAAUCAAAAAGAAAAAUAUGAACAAGAAUUAAAAAAAGAGAUAAAAAAAUUACAGAGGCUUCGAGAUCAAAUUAAAGCAUGGAUAUCGUCAAGUGAAAUCAAAGAUAAGAAAGCAUUACAAGAAGCGAGAAAAAAUAUCGAACAACAAAUGGAACGUUUUAAAGUUGUUGAACGUGAAACAAAAACAAAAGCUUAUAGUAAAGAAGGUUUGGGAGCUGGACAAAAACUAGAUCCACAAGUGAAAGAGAAAGAAGAGUGUAAUCAAUGGAUAACGGAAUCCAUCCAUGAAAUUCGAAUACAAAUUGACAAAUUUGAAUCUGACAUUGAAAGUUUAUCGGCGCAGUUGAAAAAGAAAAAAUCAGAUAAAGAUAAACAAGAACGUUUAGAAGAAUUGAAAAAUAGCAUUGAAAGACAUAAAUAUCAUAUUGAAAGUUUAGAAAAAAUUUUGCGUGCAAUUAAUAACGAUGCAUUAGAUCCAAAAGUUGUUCAACACAUUCGUCAAGAUUUAGAAUAUUAUAUUGAAUCAAAUCAAGAACUUGAUUUUAAAGAAAAUGAACAAAUGUACGAUGAAAUUGAUCUUGAUGAUUUGAGUACUUUGAUGCCCGCGAUACCAUUACAAACACAAUUACCAGGAGGAUAUUUACUAACAGGUGGACAGGCAACAGGAUUAACACCUGGCGAAAUGAAUAAUACAUCAUCAUCUUCAACAAAUAAUGAAACUAGUGAAAUAACAAAAAAUAUGACGUCACCAACUUCAACUCAGUCAAAUUCACCUAGUCCAAGUCCAGCACUAUCCUUGAAUGAAGAUCGAAGAAGAAAUAAGUCUGAAUCGGAAGACUAUAGUCAACAAUAUCCACAACGUUUACGAUCAAAUUCUGGAGCGUCACCAAAUAAUAUCGAGAAUAGCCAUACUACAAUAACAACUCUAUUUUCUACAAAAGCUUCCAGUCAACCAUCAUCUAAUAUAAUGAAUUCAAUCACGUCGUCACCAACUAGUACUACAAACGGACCAUUGAUCAAUUCGAAUUCAACAUCCACCAGUAAACCAGUACCGACAUUGUCUACAAGUGCACCGUCAUCAUUUAGUCAUAUUCAUCCGAAUUCUUCGUUGUCUUCUAUGAUCAACAAUACCACAGCAACAAUGACUAAUAGCAGUACGAAUCAUUUUCACCAUCAUUCCCCAUCAGCAACAACAGCAAACACAUCUAACUUACCAAUACUUCAAUACUCCGCUAUUGUGUCGCAAAAUACAGGAACAAAUUCAACGAUGACGAAUCAUACGAGCGGUACGUCUAAACAACAACAAAUAUUAUCACCGUCAAGUUCUAAUAAAACGCCAUCAACAUCUUCUACAAUGGCAGUACUCCAGAAUCAACAACAGCUUCAACAAAACAAUGGUAAAUUGACUAGUAAUAAUGAUCAAACAGUGACUACAGCAUCAAAUGUGCCGCCAGUUAUUACUACCACAACGACAGCAGCUCUUACACCCCCCCAAACGCAGACCUUAUCCACUCAAUCAUCUUUGUCUAAUGAAAGAAGUUCAUCAACUUUGUUGAAUCAACACAUUAUGAAUAAUUUAUCGUUGUUAAAUCCGUCUUCUACAUCGGGUUCAUUAUCAUCUUCAGCUCCAUUAACAGUUCCAACCAGUACUCCAUCUAUUUACGGCAAUUCAUCGUUUUCUAACAAUAACAACAUCAGCACAAUUAAUUCAACAGAUACGACAGCUUGUUUAACACCGACAAUUCUAACACCAUCAUCUAUUUUAUUAAAUCGUACCAUAUCGGACAGUGAUCAAAAUAUAAUUAGAUCAACAGCACAAAGAUUAGCUGAUAAUACAUCGAUAACAGAUCCACUAACAUCAACACUAUCCAUUCAACAACAUGUGCCAACAUCAUCUCAUUCCGUUAAUCUUUCAACGUUGUCAAAUUUACAAGAUACAAAUUCAUUACUCUAUCAACCGUCGGCAACAUCAUCUACCUCGUCUAUCCCAACAGAAUCACUAUUAAAUUCAUUAAAUACAUUUAUUCCGACUUCUCAGCAACAACAAUCAUUUUAUAGUAGUUCAGAUCAAUUAGGUUCUUCAUCUGUUUCAGCAACUACUCCAUCGUCUCUUAUUCAAACUCAACAACAGCAAAUAACAAAUAAUAGUAGCACAAUGGGAUCUAGUGUUCUUAGUCAAUUAGUAAUGGGCACACCAAUUAAUCCGGAUAACUUGAGAUAUUUAAAUUUUCCUUCAUCAUCAUCGUCAUCACAAUCAUUAGGAGGAAAUGUAUUACAACAACAACAGACCCAACAACUACAGCAACGAGACCAGCAGCAAUCAACAUUAACAUCGUUAGGAUUGUCUUCCGGGCAACAACAGCAGCAACAACAACAAUCCUCUCAUACAACAAGUGGCCGUGCACCAUUGACUCAAGCUGAAUUGAAAAUGUUAUAUCGUUUAAAUUUGGCAUAUCAGAAAUUACCGUCACUAUUAGAAGCCGAGCGACAAAGAACGAGUACAAAUCGUUUAUAUGCUCGGAAUCCUUUGGGUGCGUCACAAGUCAUACCGUAUUAUCCAUUACAGCCACCCGCUGGUAGUGAUACAGCAGAUUUUUAUUAUCGUCUUGCUCCAGAUACAUUAUUUUUCAUCUUUUAUUAUAUGGAGGGUACACGAGCACAAUAUCUCGCUGCAAAAGCCUUGAAGAGACAGUCGUGGCGUUUUCAUACCAAGCAUAUGUGUUGGUUUCAAAGACAUGAAGAACCAUCAAAAAUCACGGACGAUUAUGAACAGCUUGACAGAUCACAGACAGUGGCGGCGCGAAGACGUUUGGAGCAUGGGAAGUGGGGGCAGCGGGAAUGUAUAUCGAUUCACGUGGGACAAGCUGGUGUUCAGAUUGGCAAUGCUUGUUGGGAAUUGUAUUGUUUGGAACAUGGAAUACAACCUGAUGGUACAUUGAGUAAAGAUCGCGAUAGUACUCAUAUAAUAAAAUCCGUCUCAGAUUCUCGUGAAACGUCGUUUAGUACAUUUUUUAAUGAAACAGGAAAUGGACGUUAUGUACCCCGUGCACUUUUUAUCGAUCUUGAACCAACGGUGAUUGACGAAAUUCGUCAUAGUCCGUACAAACAACUAUUUCAUCCCGAACAACUUAUUAAUGGAAAAGAAGAUGCUGCUAAUAAUUAUGCUCGUGGACAUUACACAAUAGGAAAAGAACUUAUUGAUAGUGUAUUAGAUAAAAUGCGAAAACUAGCUGAACAAUGCACCGGACUUCAAGGAUUUCUUGUAUUUCAUUCUUUUGGUGGAGGUACGGGCUCAGGAUUCACAUCUCUUCUUAUGGAACGAUUGAGCGUUGAUUAUGGGAAAAAAUCAAAAUUGGAAUUUGCAGUUUAUCCUGCACCUCAAAUAUCAACAGCCGUUGUUGAACCGUAUAAUUCUAUUUUAACUACCCAUUGUACACUUGAACAUACUGAUUGUGCAUUUAUGGUUGAUAAUGAAGCUAUUUAUGAUUUAUGUCGGCGAAACCUGAAUAUUGAACGUCCUACGUAUACAAAUUUGAAUCGUUUAAUAGCACAGGUUGUUAGUUCAAUAACAGCAUCUCUACGUUUUGCGGGUGCAUUGAAUGUUGAUCUAACAGAGUUUCAAACAAAUCUUGUACCCUAUCCAAGAGUACAUUUUCCUCUUGUUACGUAUGCGCCUAUAAUUGGUGCUGAUAAAGCUGGCCACGAGUCAUUUUCCGUACAAGAUAUAACAAAUGCUUGUUUUGAACCAACAAAUCAAAUGGUUAAAUGUGAUCCUCGUAAUGGAAAAUAUAUGGCCUGUUGUCUGUUGUUUCGUGGUGACGUUGUUCCAAAAGAUACGCAUGCAGCCAUAGCACAAAUAAAAACAAAAAUUCAUUUUGUUGACUGGUGUCAGACAGGUUUCAAAGUUGGUAUUAAUUAUCAACCUCCAGUAGCUAUACCAGGUGGUGAUUUGGCUAAAGUCCCACGAGCGGUCUGUACGAUAUCAAAUACAACAGCCAUUGCCGAAGCAUGGGCUCGUCUUGAUCAUAAAUUUGAUUUGAUGUAUGCUAAACGAGCAUUCGUUCAUUGGUAUGUUGGCGAAGGCAUGGAAGAAGGAGAAUUUAGUGAAGCACGUGAAGAUUUAGCUGCACUAGAAAAAGAUUAUGAAGAAGUCGCUCUCGAUUCAGGGGACGGAAGUGGAGGUGAUGCUGAAGAAUAUUGA